GGGUCAAACCAAACUGAAACUUUUGUUUGAUAUAUAGUGAUAGUUUCUUUGUUAUCUAGCAAAGUUUUUCCAAAAUAAAUAGUAAUCGCGACAAUAAGAUAUGAAUAGUAUAAAUCAAAGUGUUCGUCUUCUUAGUGGCUGUGAUAUGCCACUCGUUGGAAUUGGAACCUAUAAAGUACGGAGCAGUGAUAUUUUCAGAGUUCUCGAUGAAAGUUUGAACAGUGGAUUCCGUGCAAUUGACACUGCGGCUGUGUACAAAAAUGAGGAAGCAAUAGGGACUGCUUUAAAAUCGUUGCUUCCGAAAUACAAUCUUAAAAGGGAGGACCUUUUUAUUACUACAAAGCUUUCUCCAAGUGAUAAUGGUAAUCCAGAGGGAAUACGAAAGGCAGUCGAAACUUCGUUAAACGCAUUAGGAACAACAUACGUGGAUUUAUAUUUGAUUCAUUGGCCCGGUGCAUCAAAAAUUCCCGAAAAUUCAUCUGAUAACUCCGAGCUACGGAGUGUAACUUGGAAAACAUUGGUCGAUUUACAUAAGCAGGGUCUUUUGAAGUCCAUAGGUGUUUCAAAUUACAAUAUUAUUCAUCUCCAGCAGUUAGUUGCUAACUGUGAUGACGUCAAACCUUCUGUCAAUCAAGUAGAAUGUCAUCCUCAUUAUCGACAGGACGAUUUACUGAAAUACUGCACACAAGAAGGCAUUCACCUUCAAGCUUAUUCUUCCUUAGGAAGUAGUGACAAUGAUGCACUUUUAAACGAUCCCGUUGUUCGGCAAGUUUCAUCAACUCUUAACGUCUCGCCUGCAAGGUUACUUUUAAAAUGGGCAUUGCAAAGAGGAAUUGGAAUCAUCCCGAAAGCAACAAAGACAGCACAUAUUAGAGAUAACAUAAAACUAGGUUUCACAAUUGACAAAGAUUCAAUGGAUCUUUUAUUGAAUUUACCUCAACAAAAAUAUGCUUGGGAUCCUAGUAAUGUUAAUUAAAGCACUGCAGUCUUUUUGGAUA